CACAGUCGACGACCUCCCCGGCACAGUCGACGACCUCCCCGGCACAAGCGCCGACCUCCCCGGCACAGGCGACGACCUCCCCGGCACACGUAUUGUGCUAGAACACAGCUUAAAAACUGCAGUUCGCCAUUAUGAAGACGGCCGUGAGUGUAGGGGUACCCUUGGUGCUGAUCCUGGUCGUCUCUGCGUUCCUCAUCGGGACUGUGUUAUGGAAGGAUCCAUCAUCGAAACAUGGACACCGCGUCAUCAAAAGAUCCAUAUCAUUGCCGGAUGAUCUGCAGGAUGCCCUUCUUGCAGCAGCUGCUGAAGACGCCCCUGCUUACGUCCACGAUAAGCGUUUCGUUCCGGGCAUUGCCAGCCUUGCGGGAAGUCUUUUCGCAAAAGCAAAGAAGUUCGACCCAGCACAACUGACUGACACAAUACAACAAUUGGGCUCCAUGAAGAACAUGGCGCCUGACAUCAUGGCCCAAAGUGUGAAACAGGAGGCUGAAGUGACAGAAGAGGUUGAAAAGCAGGUGGCGGAGGAAACGGUUGAUAAGCUAUUUGCGGAAGCUGGACGUUUAAACGGACAAGGAUUGAGAGGUGUGGGCGGCGGUGGAGGAGAGAUAAAGUUUUUCCACCUGAGAAAACAUGGGAGCAGGUCUGUAGUAAGCAUGAAGGUUUGGCAUUGA